AUGGCGCAAGACGAGUCCGCCUUGCAUCCGCAGUAUCCCAUCUUCUCUCGUCUGUACAAUGGCUUCACGAUAUCGGCGGUGCAAGGCGUGUCGGCGCCGGUGAGGUGGAUCCGAGGUUGGAACGAAUGGUUCUGGCCUUCCGGCUCUGCGCCAAACAUCGUAAAAACCUACGAAUGCCGUCCUUAUUUGCCCAUCCGGAUUUUCUUUCCCAAAGACUACGACCAGACGUCACCCGAAACCCUCCCUCUGGUUUUCAGCAUCCAUGGUGGCGGCUUUUGCGUGGGCGACCCGGAAGAUGACGACCGCUGGAACCGACGCUUUUCAGACGAGCACAGAUUCCUUGUCGUGGAGCUCAACUAUCGUAAAGCACCGUGGUACCCAUUCCCGACUGCGACUUAUGAUUUAGAGGCUCUCAUGCUAGCGGUUGUCGCUGAUGAGAGUCUGCCGUUCGACAAGAACCGUGUUGCUGUGACGGGAUUCAGUGCCGGCGGGAAUCUGGCCCUGAGUGUCUGCCAAUUGCCCACCAUCCGCGAGAAGGUUAAGCCUACCGCAGCGCUGCCGAUUUACCCUUCGGUAGACCAGAGUAUCUUGUUAGGCGAGAGGGCCAAGAGGCGGCAUUACAAACCGGAUCUCAAGGGCAUUCUGGGGCAAUCCAAGGACAUGCUCGCUCCAUAUACUCCCAUUUUCAAAUGGAGCUAUAUCAACCCGGGGCAGGACCUACGGGACCCGCUGCUGUCGCCGUACUUUGCUGCACGAGACAGUCUGCCGCCACAUAUCUAUAUCGUAGCCGCGGAACUGGACCAGCUCGGGCACGAAGCCUGGCGGAUGGCUUGCAAGCUGAGCGGGCGUCCCGAACCGAAAGCCGAGGACAAGGUCGGACAAGCACAACCAGCGGUGCAGAAAGGCGCGCUGAUAUUGGACAACGAGCGGUACGCAUUUCAGCACAAGUCGUCAAGCGGUCAAAAUGUCGGAUGGCUCCUCGUUCCCGAUCAAGUACACGGGUUUGAUCACCUACCUGAGCGUUGGUUCGGCGACGCGGGGUCUUUUCAGGACUCGCAGAUCAAGACGGCACAGUACCAGAAGCUAUUGAGUGAAUGGCUUCACGGGGUUGUCUGGAACGGUUCGCAGUCCGGAUCCCAGUAG